CUUCCCCCGCCCCGCAUCCCCAUCCCUUUUCUCGAGUUGGGCCGCUGCCGGGCACUCCCAUUCAUGCCGCUGUGCUCUAUUCCAGGCGGUAGCCGCCACCCCCGCCCUUGCGCUGCCCACGCCAGGAUCUGCGUCACGCGGCCGUGUGUGGGAGGGAGGAGCAGGAUCGCGGUGCAGGAGGGAGCGAGAGCGGAAUCUCCUCAUGUGACGGCGCGGGAGGGGGCCGUGGAUGUGCGGGCAGAGGAGAAGGGAAGGAGGCGGCGGUGGAGGAGGAGGAGGCUGCUGCUUCUACCGCCGCCGCCGGUCCCUACCUGCAGCCCUGCAACAGCCGCCGCUGCCGCUUGUCCCGGGUUCGGGGGCUGCUGGGCAGACCGGAGCCAGGGGGGCGGAAGCCAGCUCGCCUACCGAUGGGAAGGGAGAAGGCUGGCCGCGGGCGAGGGGGACACUGGCCAUAAGUUCUGGACAACAUCCCUAUCCGGCUCAGGAAGGACCAGGGCAAUCAGCAAUAGAAGCCGCCUCCCCUGCAGGAACAGCGUCCUGCAGAGAAGGUGUUCCUUCCACAAUGGCAACAGCGUUACCCAGAACCCUUGGAGAAUUGCAGCUUUAUCGAAUAUUGCAGAAAGCCAAUCUCUUACUCUACUUUGAUGCCUUCAUUCAGCAGGGAGGGGACGAUGUACAGCAGUUGUGCGAGGCAGGCGAAGAGGAAUUUCUUGAGAUCAUGGCCCUUGUUGGCAUGGCUAGCAAACCUCUUCAUGUCCGAAGACUGCAAAAAGCUUUGAGAGACUGGGUCACAAAUCCAAGCCUUUUUAACCAGCCUCUUACUUCCUUACCGGUCAGUAGCAUUCCAAUAUAUAAGUUACCGGAAGGAUCUCCAGCUUGGUUGGGAAUAUCUUGCAAUAGUUAUGAAAGGAAUAAUAAUACCCGGGAGCCUCACUUGAAGAUUCCAAAAUGUGCCGCCACCACUUGCAUUCAGAGUGUGGGUGCAGGCAAGUCUGACGGGGUGGGAAACUUACCUCUGCAGAGCAGCAACGAGCCAAGACUAUGGCAAGGACACCACACUACAGAGAGUGAACACAGCCUUUCGCCAGCUGAUGUUGACUCUCCAGCCUCACCAAAGGAAAACACAGAAACCUUGGAUGCAGCGGCAGCUCUGUCGGUUACCGAGUGUGUCGAGCGCAUGGUUCCCACCCUCCCCAAAAGUGACUUGAAUGAAGUGAAAGAACUGCUGAAAAUAAAUAAAAAGCUGGCCAAGAUGGUGGGUCACAUCUUUGAGAUGAGCGAUGAGGACCCUCACAAAGAGGAAGAGAUUAGGAAGUACAGCGCAAUAUAUGGCAGAUUUGACUCAAAAAGGAAAGAUGGCAAACAUCUCACUCUCCAUGAGCUUACAGUUAAUGAAGCAGCUGCUCAAUUGUGUGUGAAGGAUAAUGCACUGUUGACCCGGAGGGAUGAGCUCUUUGCACUCGCACGGCAAAUCUCCCGAGAAGUUACGUACAAAUACACUUACCGGACCACCAAGUCUAAAUGUGGAGAAAGGGAUGAACUGUCACCAAAGAGAAUUAAGAUAGAGGAUGGUUUUCCUGAUUUCCAUGAUGCAGUCCAGAGUUUUUAUCAGCAAGAUUCAGUCAAAAUACAACAGGCAUUAUCAAAAGGGAAGUGUGAAGACCUGGCAUCACUUGGCUCACAGCCUGAAAAGAUGAUUGCUAAGCAGAUGGAGUUUCUUUGCAACCAAGCUGGUUUGGAGAGACGCCUUUCCACAGGUCUUUACAGGCAAAGCUCAGAAGAGCAUAGUCCUAAUGGCUUGACAUCAGAUUAUGGCGAUGGGCAAGGUGAAAUGCCUUUAAAUCUCCGCAUGUCAAGUCUACCAAAUAGGCAUAUGCCACACAUUUCAUUAGAUGGUGAGCCUCAUGUAGUGAAGCCUCUUUGUAGUGACUUGAAUAGACUAUACACCAGUGGUGAAGCAAAGUCACAAUCUUCAGAAGGCCUUGGUAUUUUAAAAGAUUUUCCUCACUCUGCUUUCAACAGCCUCGAAAGGAAGGUCAUAAAGACAGAACCAGAAGACACAAGAUAGCCAUGCUGUUUUAGAUUAUUAUUUUUUAAAGUUAAAAUAAAGUUUUGAAUGAGAAAUGAAAACAUGCCUUAAUAACCAGUGUUGCCUCAUUGAAAUAAGCGAUUUCAUAGCCAAAGCCUAAGAGCUGGGACUGUUGUGUUGUGGAACUGACACAAAAAACUAGUUGGAUACUGCAACUGCAAUGAGAAGUGGGUGCAAACUUUAUGAAAAAGUGGCUCUGUAAUUUGGGAAAGGCUCACAAACUAAUACUGUGGGCCCUUGUUAUUUAAGAAUGUAUUAUGUAUUUGUAUAACUUAAAGUAAAAAAACAACAACCCAACAACAACUAGGUGGUAGAAAUGUGUGUUAAGUCCAGUAAAUGUGGCUGCCAUUAUUUUUACUUGAAAUUUUCAAUGUCUAGUUUUAAGUGUAGAUAUGAUAGUCAUGAGACUGUUUUUUUAAAAUAAAUAAAUCCUGAGUUUGGAGCAGGGGGACAGAAAGCUAAGGACAGGCAAGCCCUAGUUUUAACACAUUUUUAAUGACAGUUUUGCAAUGUUUAUGUUUUAGAAGCAAACAAUUAAGCAAUUGCAUACAUUUUUAUAGGGAAAUAGCAUUUGAAAGAACUGACUGUAUAAUAACUGGCUUUUUUAUGCUUAUUGAUGUAAGAUCAUUCUCAAAGACUUCAUGAAUACAUUUCUGUAUUUAUUUAUAUUGUAUUCCUGUCCACUGUUUAGGAACUGGGAUAAAGGAAGCCAACACACUAUUAUUUCAUACUAUAUACUCCACACCUGGAUGGGUGGAUGGAGUAGUGGAUAUAUCUGUGUUCAUUAGAUAUUCUGAUGAAGGCUGCCAGAGCAACUGCUAAAAUGCUGGCAACAUUUUGGAACGUUACUUAGAUUCCUUCUCAUUUUUUUUAAGUUGGAAUGUUAGAAGAGGUGGAAAAGAACAACCAAUGAAAUUAUAUUGACUGAAGAAAUGAGGAGGAUGAAUAUGCUGUUGGCAUAGGAGUAGCUAAGAGCAGCUUACCAAUUCAUUUGACUUUAUUCAUAUACCAUACAUUGCAUACAGAAGGAAUAGCCAAUGUGCUGCCCUCCAGUAGUUGCUGGACUACAACUCCUAUCAUCGCUGAUCACCAUGCUCCUUGUGGCUGAUGAGAGCUGUAGUCCCCCAACAACUGAAGGGCACCACUCUGGCUAUUUCUGGCACAUAAUGUACUGAUACUUACAUAUGUAUGAACAACUGUACUCAAUAUUUAUUAUCUGGAGGAUUUCUUUUGUGUGGAUGGUGAAUUCUUAAGGGUGCCAUUUUGUCGAUAGUGAAGUGACUGGCUAAUAGGAGACAUUUCUGGGGUAUUUGCAUGUUACGCAUAAUACCAUUGUGACAUGUCAGUCCACAUAAUAGCCUCCUCUCUCCUCCUCACUUAAGAUUUUGUGGUUGCAUUGCUGCACUUAAAUGGGGGUUUCAAAACCAUUAUUUAUUUUUUAAAUGCUGAAUUUGCCUGUAGUACUUUCAGAGGAGGUAAUGAAAAUACUACCAAUUCUUGUCAAUCUUCCAUAAUAGGCUGUUGCUCUUCAUAUCUGAAGAUUUUGCUCUGUGUAAUAGUGAUUUACUGAGUCAUUCCAUAUGCCCUAUUGAAACUCAGUGUAGCGUGAGGUGACAUGCCUACACCCCAGUCUAGAAUCGUUGUAAAAUGUGUUUAACUGUUGUCAUUUAAUUUGUGGAGCAAAGCUUUAUUAUAGAAACAACAGUGCACAUGUUUUUAAUAUUAUGGAACUUUUUUUAAAGGAAAAAAUCUUGUUUUCUGAAUUUUGUUGUACUACUUUACUGAUGAAGAAAAAUAUUCAAUGGAGUAGAUCUUCAGCUUAGUGGAUCAAAACAAAUUGAUGUGUAGUUUAAAAGUGGCUCAUUUUAUUGUUAUGUGAAUUAAUAACGUGUGUUUCAUGAUACCUAUGGUUUCAAGUAGCACUGCUUGAUAUCUGAGCAGUUCCAUAACAUAUAACAGUAAUUACAGGCAGAGAAAACACAUAUCACUCACUACCCGUAAGACAUAGCACCCUGUUUUAUAAAGGCCAAUGUAAUGUAGUAUAAAUUUAAAUCUGUGGUACAGAUCUAUUUUUUUAUUUUCAGUUGUAAAUGACCUGACUCAGCUGUAUUGUAAGUACUAAGGUACUUGAUUUUUUUUUACCAGUCUUUCAGUCCAAAUAAGCAGGCUUUUAAAUGUUGUUUUGCAGGAUGUCUUGUACAACUUAAAAAAAAAAAUCAAAGUAAGCUGAAGCAGCUAAAGACACUUCUAAAACAUCUUAGUUACUAGAGCAGGAGUGGGGAAACUUUUUAGUUCCCUGUGAGCUAACCUUGACAGAUGGGCAGGGCAACCCAAUCACAUAAUAUCAUUAUGGCAUCACAUGACUGACAUGUGAGUUGUCCCACCCACCUGUCAAAAUCUAGACAUUGGAGGUUGAAAGGGGGAGUGCAGGAAAGGGCUUUGCGAUCCUUCCCUUGCUUCUUUGCACCUCCAGUGUCAGAGCUGUGGAGGGGAGGAGAGGGGAGAAUUGAAAUGGGUCUCCCCAUGUGGUUCCUUUACACGUCCUAUGUUGGAGGUGGAAAGGAGCCACACAGGGCAGCUUCAAAGAGCAGCGCUGGGAGGGAGAAGUGGUUUCCAUUGAAUUAGAAACUGCUUCCCUGUCCUUGAGCAAAUGUUCCUUUGAAGCCCCAUCCUUCCCCACCCCACACCUGUGUUCAUGUGGCUUCCCCAAAAUGGUAGAAUGGGCCGCAGGGUCCUCACCCCUGUACUAAAGAGGUACACUGUUGUAGAAAUAAUUAUUUCAGAGAUGCUGAAGGGCACAUCUCUGCCGAAGUAUACCACUUUAGGGAGCACAUGGGGGAUUGUUUAGUAUCCCUUCCUUCCACGUGGUACAUUCCUCUCUUCUGAAGACGUCUGUUCAAGCCUUGUAGCCUGGACUACUUCUUGAUGUACUGUAUAUAUCUUUGCACAUGGAAGGAGAUACUGAUGCAGGGAUACAUACAGAACUCUCCCACUCUUUCCUGCUCCUGCCAUGCAUAGAUGUGUUUGACGUAACAUGCACCCUUCUGAAUAUCUGAAUGGGCUCUUCAGUCAAGGUGUUUCAAAGAAACAGAUCUUGCAGUCAGUACAUAGGCUUCUUCCAGAAUGCUAAUAAUUAAGACUUACUGAUCGUUGGCAAGACAAGCAGAUGUCUUGUCUAUAGCUUUUGUAGGGGGGAUAUUAAGGAAGCCUGGCUGUUAGCUGCAGCAAGGUUAUUUUGACCAAAGUGUGAUCCUUGUUUGUCUGCAUUUGUACUCUUGUUUGUCUGCAUUUGUGUGCCUCAUUGGUUACAAAAUAAAAGUCACCUUGGCAAAGUUUUUUUUUC